AUGUCCUUCGACCCCGUCCCCCCACCCUACAACCACCUCGAUCCCACCGCGCGCUUCCUCUCGUCGUCGGCGUUGGAUUUUUUGUUGAUUGAGGUUGUGCCAAUGUCGUAUCGGAUAAACUCGGAGAUUUCUGAGGGUGAGGGUGAAGAAGAGGAGGAAAGGGAGGCCGCGUUUUACCGGUUGGAGGGGAUAGGGUACCGGGUUGGGCAGGGGCUGGUGGAGAGGUUUGCGAAGGAUAGGGGAAAGUUUGGGGACGCGCUGGAUGUGAUCAAGUUUGUGUGUAAGGAUCUUUGGGGGUUGGUUUUUAGGAAGCAGGUGGAUAAUCUGAAAACUAAUCAUAGGGGCGUGUACGUCCUGACGGACAACAACUUCCGCCCACUAAGUCGGAUGAGCGUCGAGACGGGAGGAAGAAGUGGAGGGGCGCAACAGGCCGCUGUUGUAAGAGCCCAACCGUUCCUAUGGGUACCCUGCGGCAUCGUGAGGGGAGCCCUCGCGGCGAUGGGGAUACAAGCCACUGUUCAAGCCGAGACGACGGAGCUGCCAGGGGCGGUGUUUCAGAUCAAGACUUUGCCUGCGAAAUAGCUGGCCUCUCUCUCCUUUUCAUCGUUGAUCAUAGCUGGGCCUAGAGACAGGACAAGCAUUGGGUUUUGAAACUUUAUGAACAGCAUCAUCCCGGGUUUAAAGGUGCAUAUGGGAGUUUUGGAGUUCAAAGGAACGGCCGGGGUAGUGAUACCUAAUGGAUUCUUAUGAGAGGGGGUUUGACUGAAUUAUAAUUUUGUAUCUCUAUAUCUAAUGUGUUGUGUUGCUGUGACCACCUGAUGACUUUAUAUCAUGGCCUCAAAUCUUUAGAGACGA